UGCGCCAGGCUGGGGCCCCGGCCUCCCGCGGCGGCAUGGCCCGGCCGGUGCAGCUGGCGCCGGGCUCGCUGGCGCUGGUGCUAUGCAGGCUGCAGGCGCCGGAGGCGGCGGGCGCCGAGGAGCCGGGCGCCGAGGAGCCGGGCGGGCGCGCGGUCUUCCGCGCCUUCCGACGCGCCAACGCGCGCUGCUUCUGGAACUCGCGGCUGGCGCGCGCCGCCUCGCGGCUGGCUUUCCAGGGCUGGCUGCCGCGCGGGGUGCUGCUGGUGCACGCGCCUCCCGCCAGCCUGCAGGUGCUGCGCGACGCCUGGGGCCGCCGGGCGCUGCGCCCCCCGCGCGGCUUCCGCAUCCGGGCGGUGGGUGAUGUCUUUCCAGUGCAAAUGAAUCCAAUAGCUCAGUCUCAGUUUAUACCUUUGGCUGAAGUCCUUUGCUGUGCUGUAUCUGAUAUGAAUGCUGCUCAGAUUGUAGUGACACAGGAAUCGUUAUUGGAGCACUUGAUGAAACACUACCCAGGUAUUGCAAUCCCAUCUCAAGAUGUUCUGUAUACCACCCUGGGAACUCUGAUUAAAGAAAGGAAAAUUUAUCACACUGGAGAGGGAUACUUCAUAGUCACUCCUCAGACUUACUUCAUCACAAAUACAACCCCCCAAGACAGUAAGAGAGACCAAUCAGAUGAAAGUCACCCAAUGCCAACUCGCAUUACAUAUCUGGUGAGCAUGGCGAGCUGUACGGAGUUAGCGGAAAACACUGCCCACAUUUCCCAUUGCCAGUCUUGCCGGUGUUUCCCUGAUCCGUGCCCUCCGAAUGUAGAGACACCCGCUGCUGCAGAAGUGGCUAGGAAAAGCCAGAAAGAUCUUCAGGAAUCCAAAUCUUUGGUUCAGAAUCGAGCAGUUUCAGUGUCUGAGCAUCACAUCUGUGAAAGUGCCAAACCAUUACCAUACACAAAAGACAGAGAAAAAGGCAAGAAGUUUGGCUUUAGCCUCUUGUGGCGUAGUAUAUCCAGGAAGGAGAAGUCCAGAACAGAGCACAGCACUUUCUCUGCCCAGUUCCCACCAGAAGAAUGGCCUGUUCGAGAUGAGGAUAACUUGGACAAUAUCCCUCGAGACAUUGAACAUGAGAUUAUCAAACGAAUUAAUCCCAUUCUGACCGUUGACAAUUUAAUCAAACAUACAGUCUUAAUGCAAAAAUACGAAGAACAGAAACAAUGUAAUAGCCAGGGCACUUCCACUGAUAUGCUGACGAUUAAGCAUAAAUAUACUUCAAAAGAGGGAGUUAGGAAAAGGCGGGGCCAGUCUGCAAAGUCUCCGAGGCGGCGAGGAGGCCAUUCUCAGAGGGAGAGACACAAAGUCAGGAGUCAGGGAAGUGAGCCUCAGCCCGGAAGCCUCAGACUGCAGAAGCAUCCCAAGCUCCCUGCCACACAGCCCACCCCCAGGAUUAAGAGCCCAAAUGAAGCAGUAGUUGAGAAACCACUGGAGAAUCUAUCAGUGCUGGGUUCCCACUUGAUUUACAAGAAGCGAAUUAGUAAUCCUUUCCAGGGUUUGCCUCACCGAGGGACCCCAAUAACCAAAGGGCACAACAUCCAGAAGACCAGUGACCUAAAAGCCAGUCAGACUGGACCAAAGGGAAAGCCUUUCCAAAGGUCAGGAUCUCCGGAUUCCUUAAGAAUCUUUGAGAGUGAAGCCAAACAACCACAUGCUGAGCCAUGUAAAGAUAAACCGGUGGCGGAAUCCAUUUAUAUGAGUGACUCUACUGUCAAACCUACCAGUGAUGACUUAAGAGAUCCCCUCUUAAAUUACUGUCAAUGUAGUGUUUUGCAAGAUGGCAGUAAAUGUUCCUUUAGGAAAAGCAUGUUGAGAUAUGAUGUAUGUGGUGGAAAAAACGAGGUAAUCCCUGAGGUCUUGAGGAAAAGUUAUUCUCACUUUGACGCCUUAGGGGAGGCAAAAGAAACACAGCAUGUCCUGUUAUCACAAGGCCCCCCCUCCGUAGGCCAUACAUCCUCUGCUUGUAGCCUAGUUGAUAAAACAAUACACCAGUUCCAAAAUCUUGGUCUUUUGGAUUACCCAGUUGGUACGAACUAUUUGAGACAACCUGAGAGACAAGACGGAGACUUAGAAGACGUAUCAGUGAGAAAGGCACUUGUCCAGGAAGCAGAGACUGUAAGUCUAGAAAACGAAGGGCUUUCUGAUGAUAAUCAGGCCUUGUAUCGGAAUGAAUUGGAAGAUGAUGAUGGUGCCUGUAGUUCAUUGUAUCUAGAUGAGGAAGACUUUUCUGGGAAUGAGGACUUAUGUCAAAUGCUGCCUGGCCACAUUCAGUAUUCCUUUACGGGGAGAAGCAAGUGGAAUCAUUUGGGAAAACAAAAAGUGACCAAAAGAUCUGUGACUGAGUACAACAGCAAAAUACACAGGUCUGAGCUGCAGGUGCUGAAAGGAAAUGAGUGUUACAGACCCUCUGGGUUUUUCACUAACCCAGGUGAAAGCCAAACACCUAAUCUCUUGGCUGGAAGCAGUGGCCUCAGUUCGGGGACUCAGUCCAGUUUUAACUAUGAGGAAGAACCUAGCUUCAUGACCUCUGGCCAAACUGAGGGAAGUACAUUUGAUUACUAUAGCACAAAGAAAGCCAAUUCGGAGACUGAAACCCUACAAGACUCUAUUGGUGACACUGCAAAGAAACCGACUAGCUGGAGUCUGAGUGCUCAGAGUCAGGGAAUGAGAAGGCAGUUCACAGAAAAGGUAGUUUUCACCACUUCCCAUAUGCCAGUGUUGGCUCAGGAUAUCCAACGUGAACACAGCCAUUUGGAAGGAGCAGAAAAUCAUAGCAUGGCAGGAGACAGUGGCAUAGAUUCUCCACGGACACAGAGUCUGGCAUCUAAUAAUUCAGUCAUUUUGGAUGGACUAAAAAGAAGACAGAGUUUUCUGCAGAACUUUGAAGGCACGAAGAAUGGUCAAACACUCACAUCCAAUUCCUUACUACAACUAACUCCAGUCAUAAAUGUCUAAUUCUUAUUUUUUCUUUUGGAAACCUUUUGAUAAGAAUAUACAGCAUUAAUAUAGAAUAUUUUAAUCAGCUGAGUAUAGAAGAAUUCUCUAAAGCCAAGCAUAGGUGCUGUUAAUCUCAUUACAUAUUUUGUUCCAGUUGCUGGCUUUUUUCCCUUUUUGAUGUUUUAAAGCUUAUUGUACUAUGAAGUUUAUUGGGAAUAUAUAGAUUUUUCACAAUUAAAAAAACCCAUAAAGUC